GAAGGCGCCGUUGGAACAACGUCACGCGGUGUGUGCCACCAUCAGUACUGCUGUGGCCCUCUUCUCCGGCUUCUUCAACAUCUUGCAGCUGACAGCCAUUGAUGACUUCGACCUGCCGGGACGUGAGAACAACUUCACCCUGAACUUGUCCCGUCCCAUCGAAUGGAUCAUGACCUGUCCCAUCAUGCAGUUGAAGCUGGUGGUGCUUGCAGGAGCACGCGUUCCGAGCUAUCGUCGCUUCAUGAUGCCGCUGAUGUCUGUGUCUGUGCUGCUGUGUGGAACCGCAUCAAUGUUCACAGGAGAUGCAUUGCGCUAUGCUUGGUACGCAUUCGGCCUGUUCUUGGCUGGAAUCAUGUUUUACCACAACGCUAUUCAAAUCAAAGAGAACUCUGAGAACGAAGAGACCAUCUUUCAAGGAGACUCUGACUUCCGCAAGCUUUCCAUCCUGUUGAUCAUCACCUGGUUCCCCUUCCCAAUCUGGUUCAGUUUGAGUGUGGAGGGCUUCGGCGUCAUCAAGGACGCUUUGGUCAUUGAGAUGGGAUGGGUGAUUCUCAACAUCGUCUCCAAGUUCACCUACAUCAUCUGGAUGCAGCGCAUGAAGAUGGUGCACCAGCGCAAGUUGGAGGCUGCCCGCGAGCUCUAUGGCCUCUCCCCCACGGACGAGGUUGCAGAGGAGGAUCUCAAGGAAAGGGCCAAGACCGGCUUGGCAGGUAAACAGGGCGGCGCAAUCACUGCCAGUGAUUAUGGCCUGGGAUAUGGAGAAGAGGCUGAGAGCGAAGAGAAGAUGGUGGAAAUUGUCUCGGAGACCAUGGUUACCCUCGGCAUGAGCGCCCACACGGACCGUCUCUUGCGCCUGAUGGUCGAGAACGGCGUCACCAACACUGCGGUGCUCGAACGUCUCAACGCGGAACGUUGCAUGGAGAUCAACCUGCCUUGGGCCUUGGUGGAUGCCUCGCAGCGUCGUUGGGUGAACGAGAAGAUGAACAUGGGCCAGGAUCAAGGUGGAGCCAUCGAGAAGGAAGACCCUUUCAAGAAGCUCUUGGAGGCCAACCGUAUGCGCAUGACCGACAAGAACGCCCAACACGCCUUGCCGGGAAUGAUCAUGAGCGGCAUCGGCGGCAUGUCCACCCCACCCUUGGCGGGGAUGGCCAACAUGAAUUUGGGAGCCAUGGAGGAUCAGCUGGGCGAUAUCGUCAAUCGCGCCUUGAUGCCCUUCCAGGAGGCUGUGAUGACCAAGUUGCAGAUGAUGGAAGAAAACAUGCAACGCCAAUUGGAGACCACCCAGGAGGCAAUCUCCCAGCGCAUGGACUUUUCUCAGGUGGCCAUUUUGCAGACGGUGAACGCCUGCCAAGUUCUUCUGCACAAGUUGGAUUCAUCUCAGGAGAGCGUUGUGCAGAAGAUGGACUCUCAGAAGGUCAGUGUGGACAACUUGUUGAACCACAUCACAGGUGCCAGUGACACCACCAAGCAAGCCCUGUUGGAUACCGUGACCAACUCUUCCAGCGUCUUGUUGCAGAAGUUGGACUCCACACAGCAGGACCUGUUGAAGCAAUCGCACGACAGCUACAAGGUCUUGGGUGAAGUGGCUCAAAAGCAGGACGUGUUGGUCAAGAAGGUGGAUUCAGGUAACGAGUUCACGCAACGUCGUCUCGUGGAAAUGGAGGGCACAAUGGACCGCAAGAUGACGGAGACCAAUGAUUCCGUCUGCAAGUCGCAAGCUGACAGCACCGCACAUCUCCUCACCAAUCUGCGUAUUGACUUGGGCAAGUUGGCAGAACAGGGCAACAGCAUGGUGGACGCCACCGAGAAGUCUGCCGCAGUGCAAGAGGAGCGAAUGGCUGACGUACGCCGCCAGAACAUGAUGAUCAUGGAUAUGUUGACCAACGCUCAAGAGACCAUGCACACCAGCGCUGAGUCCCUUCAGAGCUUCACUCGCUCGGAGAUCAUGCGCGAUUCCGCCGCCAACAUGGAGAUGCAGCUCCGCGAGGUCAUCUUGAAGCAGAUGGGCAAGAUGCAGGAAGCGUUGCUGGGAGGCGAGGAGGAUGAAGCUGGUCAGAAGGGAAUGAAUCUCAAGUCCGCCGUCUCUGCCAUGGUGGAACGUCUGGAGGACAGCGCCCAACGUUUGGAGAUGGCCACUACUGGAAGCGGACAAGGUGGUUCGUCGGCUGAGAUGGAGGACCUGAUCCGUCGCGAGCUGGGCGCGGUGGCCUUGGCAUUGUCCCAACAACAGCGCGACACGGCGCAGGAGAGCAUGAUGCAGGUGGGUGAGACCGUGCGCGGAGAACUCUCCAACUUCAAGGAUGCUCAAGUGGGUCAAGUGUCGGAGGUUGUCAACAACAAGUUGUCCGAAUUCUCCGAGCAGAUCAAUGAGAACAUGCACCGCAUCGAGAAUGGAGUUGACAAGGUCCUGCAGAGUGUGGAGAAGGCCCCGGGAGGUGGUGGUGACAAGGAGAGCCGCAAGAGUCGCGGCGCGGAUCGCGGAUGAGCCCAGGACGACCAGGAUCCGUUCGCGCCCAUCGCCUCAGCACGUCCGCUGUCACUCUGGCGUGGGCCUGUCUUCAUUUGCUUUUUACAAUUGGGCCGCCAUACGUAUGGUGCCCGCUUGAAUCGGAAGGGGCCUGAGAUUUU